AAAUUAAAUUGUUUUUCGUAAUUUUAUUAAAUAAUUUAAGAUUAUAUUUGAUGUAUUAAUAAUAAUAAAAUUUGAAUUUAAAUUAUUUAUCAUUUAAAUAUCCUGAAAGGGAGAGGAAUUGAUUGACACGAAAGCUUUUCUUGAAAUUUAUUUUAUGGCCGACAACUAUUUGUCUGUAUUGAUAAACAUGUUAGAAAAUAAAUGGCGUAGGUAGUCUCAGUGUGGACUGUGGACUUUGAUGUCAGUUAUUUUCGUGUCAGAUAACUUUGUUCAUCCAAACCAAAGCAAAAAAGAUGAGCAAAUCAGGCUGCUCAAAGCUUCACAUCGCCAUGUUUCCCUGGGUUGCAUAUGGUCAUUUCAUUCCCUACCUUCAUCUCUCAAAUAAGUUGGCUCAUAAAGGCCAUAAAAUUUCCUUCUUUCUGCCCAAAGGAGUUCAACCAAAGCUUGAAAACCUGAACCAAUACCCCAACUUGAUUCGGUUCUUUCCUCUACAUAUACCCCAUGUCGAUGGCCUCCCUCCAGGUGCUGAAACUACAUCUGUUGUUCCUAUGAACCAACAAAAAUACCUUGCUUUUGCCGUAGAUCAAACCAGGGACCAAGUUGAAGGAAUCUUAAAGGUUAUAAAACCUGAUAUGGUUUUUUAUGAUUUCUGGUUUUGGAUCCCAGACUUGGCUCGCCAGCUUGGGAUCCUCCCCAUAUUCUAUGUAGUGGUUUCCUCGAUGAUCAUGUCGAUUGGGCCAAGCACCAAGACUCUAACCAAAGAAAUGACUGUAGAAGAGGUGACGAAAUUGCCUCCUGAUUACCCUUCUUCCAUUGUGAAAUUCAAAGCUGAAGAGGCUGCUGUAUUGUUGUUUGGGGCUGAGGAUUUCGGGAGUGAACUGUCGUUUGGGGAACGGAUAAGGACUGCUGUGAGUGGAAGUGAUGCUAUUGCCUUCAGGACUUGCCGUGAAACCGAGGGACCAUUUUGCGACUAUGUUGCUCGAGGAUAUGGGAAGCCUGUUUUGUUAUCAGGGCCUUGCUUCCCUGAAACAAAGACCCAACAGCUUGAUGAGAAAUGGGUUAGUUGGUUAAGCCAGUUCGAGCCAGGUUCUGUUGUGUUUUGCUCAUUUGGAAGCCAGAGUGUGUUACAGAAGGACGAGUUCCAGGAGUUGGUGCUUGGGUUUGAGCUAUGUGGGCUACCAUUUUUGGUAGCUUUAAAGCCACCCCAAGGAUUCCCGACUGUUGAAGAAGCUCUGCCGGAGGGGUUUCAAGAUAGGGUUGGAGGAAGAGGGUUGGUGUAUGGAGGUUGGGUUCCACAAGAGCAGCUAUUGCACCACCCUAACAUCGGCUGUUUCGUUAACCACUGUGGGUAUGGAACGAUGUGGGAGUUUUUGCUUAGUGACUGCCAAAUCGUGUUGAUUCCUGAAAUUGGGGAUCAAAUUUUGAACACCAGAUUAAUGGUGGAAGAACUCAAGAUUGGAGUUGAAGUGGAGAGAGGUAAAAACAGGGAGGUUUCAAAGGAGUCAUUGAGUGAAGCCAUCAAGUUUGUGAUGGACAAGGACAAUGAAACAGCUAAUAUGAUGAAGAGAAACCAUGCUAAGCUGAAGCAAAUACUAUCUAACAGGGAUCUUCAAGAAGGAUAUAUCAACAAUUUCAUCCAAGCUCUGCAAGAUCUUGUCAAAUAGAGUGGCAAAAUCCAAGCAAUUGGUUAGAAAAUGAAACUGAAUCAUAGGUAUGAUUAUUGUUUUAUCACAUUCUUAUUUUCUAAUUGUCCAUGCUUUUAUUAAUUUCAAAUAAAGCAAUGUUUAUUAAAUUACAAUUUUAAUAUAUAAAUAAAAAUUCAAAUAAACUUUAAUUGAAA